AUGACUAACAACUUUAAGAAUGAAAUCGGAAGAGGAGGAUUUGGAAGUGUGUUCCACGGAUCUGUUGGGGAUAACCAAGUUGCUGUGAAGUUGCUCUCUGUAUUAUCAUCUCAAGGUUACAAGGAAUUUCAAGCUGAGGUCAAGCUGCUCAUGGAAAUUUAUCAUACAAACAUAACUUCACUCGUUGGGUACUACGAUGACAGAAACCACAAGGCAAUCGUCUAUGAUUUCAUGGCUAAUGGGAACUUAGAAAAGCAUCUAUUUGAUGGGCGUCCAAGUGUCUUGAGCUGGGAAAGAAGGUUACAAAUUGGAUGUGAUGCAGCAGAAGAUUUAGCAUAUAUUGUAGGGCUAGCGUACCUGCAUCAUGGUUGCAGGCCACCAAUAGUCCAUAGAGAUGUCAAGUCUUCAAACAUAUUGUUAAAUGAAGGUUUCCAGGCAAAACUGGCUGAUUUUGGGCUGUCUAGAGCUUAUCCUACUGAAGAUGCCACUCAUGUAUCAUCCUCAAACGUAGCCGGCACUUUUGGGUACCUUGACCCUGAGUAUCACUCAACUAAGAGGUUAACAGAGAAAAGUGAUGUGUAUAGCUUCGGGGUAGUACUCCCGGAAUUGAUUACAAGCCGACGAGCAAUAUCAGAGGGCAUUUACAUAACUAACUUGGUCAAGUUAGCAGUUGAAGAAGGAAAUGUUGAAAAUAUAAUUGAUUCUAGACUAGAUGGGCGUUUUGACAUCAAUACAGCCUGGAGGGUAGUAGAAAUUGCAACUGAUUGCGUUUCUCCUACAUCCAUCAAAAGGCCAACCAUGAACGAUGUGGUGAUAGAUCUCAAGCAUUGCGUGCAAGCAGAAAAAAAUCGUCGAAUUGAAUCUAUGUCCUUGAAUUUUGGUUGUAUGAGCGAUCCAAACCCAAGAUAG